GUGAAAAUACUGAUAAGCUUAUAGGAUUCAAUGCAGUCUCGAAUUAAUUAAAAGCGAAUUUUAUGACCGAAUGUUAAUAAAUGUGAAUUUUUGACGGAAAAUGUUUUCUACAAAUAUAUUACUCAUUUUGAUUAUAAAUACACCCAACGUUUUUCCAAAAUCCCACCUAAAGCGGACUUCGGAUGAUGAAAAUGAAAUACUUCAUGAAGAUGACAAAGAGCCACUGCAAGUUCCAAAAGAUGUGGAAGUUUUCAAUGUAACAGCCAAUAAGCCUAGUGACUGCUGGCCAAGUUUCAGCGUGGACAAAUAUUUUAAUAUCUUAGACAAUCUGGACGCACAAUAUGCUCAAGUCCGCAAAAAUUUUCAAGCUGCAGUUGGUAGUGAUAAUUUCGAUACUGAAAUGCUAAAGAUGCUAGUAAACACUGGUGGUGUUGCGGAACGAACCGCUUAUCAUGUAGGAGGCAAUCGUGGUCUUAUACCAGCAGGGAUAAAUCUGGGCGGCUAUUGUAUGAUGAGGGCUCCUAAGAAUAUUUUAUUCUUCCACCGUAUGAAGCUGCGAAAUGACACCCACUUCAAAAUCGAGUACCUCCACAAUGACCUCGAGAACAUGGUGCUAAAUACGAAGAUAAAUUUAAAUGACGUGCAUUUGUUGGGAUCUUUCGACCGCGCUGUAACCGAUAAAGAUCCUUCCAAACUAUUCUAUAUGCCAACAUUUGGACAGGCUGAGUUUCUAUUAAAAAAUGUAAAAUAUAAAAUGGAAGGACGCUAUCGCCUUUUGCAUAAUACGCUGAAUCUUGUACUCGCAAUCUCGGACAUACAAAUGGACGAUAUUAUUAUGGUGUACCAUGUCAAUGAGUCCAAACCAGCAGCACGUCUGGAAAAACAUAAUAUAGAUGGAUUUCUGGAUAGAUUAAAAUCUGACCUUAAUCAAUGGCUUAAAGAUUACUUUAAUGACUACCUUCUGUAUUUUGGAUUAGCCGGCAGGGAGAUGAAUGCUCAAUUUCAGAGUUAUGACAACGAAAAGAGCCAGGCUUUGAACGACUUUAUGGACAACGCUAUAAAUGUCAUUAUACGAAAACUGCACCAGGUCAAGGCUGGGUCGGUGAAACUGCCGAACUUUACAAUUUAUGCUUUCAACGGAAUGCAACUUAAUUUAAAAAACGGUGUAAUGCGAGGACUGGAUAGCCUUUAUCGACGAUCAGUAGCUACUGGUGUAAAGGAAAAGAAUAUCCGUAAAAUUGAUUCGCUGGUGACGUUUAGUAACUUGAAGGUAACGUACGGCUAUACUGCUUUGUUAAAUACGGGAUCGCCACCCCUAACUGGUACACUAACGUUAUCAGUCGAUGAACUGAUUGCAAGACUCUCCGUCUCUAUGGUCAAUAACCCAGAGUCUGUGGAUCUAACAUUCGAAUUUGUUCAGCCAGCUAGAACUGAAUCAUUGACGGUGGAAGGCCCGGCAAAUAGAAUGAUGUCACAGUUUAAUUUCUUACUUGAAAGACACAUUAUAGCAAUUAUGAGCAACACUCUGAUUCAUAAUAUAAAAAUGCUCAGUACAUUGUCCCGAUGCGUUCCAAUUUUGGUUCCAUUCAACGAUGGCGACGAAGCACUUUCAAUAGAAUCCCCUGAAGAUCUGAAAGAAAGCAAUGACAAUACAAAUGGUAAGGAUAAUGAAAGCAAAGAAUUUGAGGAUGACGCAGGCAUCAACACCGAACCAAAAAAAGAUCCCAGUAAAAACAAAAAUUUAACGGCAGAUUAUGUUCUAUGGAAACAAGAUAGCGUAGAACUAGAAUUCCCGCCAAAAAAAGGUUCACAAAAGAAACAAAAAAUGUAUAUUAAGUAUAACGAAAACUUUGCUCUCGGAAAAAUAAAUAAAAAGAUUUGAUUUGUACAUGUGUGU